AUGUCAGAAAUGAAUUCUCAACUCGAACGCGAAUCACUAGAAUACCUUCAUAUCAAGCUUUCGGACCAGCUGAUCCGACCACAUGCGAUCGGCCAAUUCGAGUCUCGAGAGAGUAUUCAGAGUAAAUUACAAGCUAUCGAAAGGAAACUCGCUUCCCUCGAACCGAUAGCCGUGACAUAUCAGGAUAGGACGUUUCACCUGAGAUCAUCCUUGGAAGCUAAUUUGCAUCCUGACAGAUUGUCUGAGAAGAUUGGUAAAUUGGCUGAAGAGUAUAAUAGGUCUAUGUUGACAAUUCAGAAUUAUCAAACUUCGAAGUACCUCUCACAGAUUAACGGAGAAGAUACCAAAUGUUGGGACGAAAGGGUUGAGAAGGAGGAAAGCAGGCUGUGGGAGAUUGAAGAGGAGAUAUUGAAAGUUUCGCUCGAAGGGAUAAGUGAGGUUGAACUAAAUAAAGAUGCAGGGUAG